AUGGGCCGUGCUGGACAAGAGAUAGGGAAGAGCUGCGUGGUGGUGACGAUCAAUGGUAAAAGGAUAAUGUUCGAUUGCGGGAUGCAUAUGGGCUGCGAUGAUCACAAUCGAUACCCAGAUUUUUCUCUCCUCUCUAAAUCCGGCGAUUUCGAUAACGCGCUCUCUUGUGUCAUCAUCACUCACUUCCAUAUGGAUCAUGUUGGUGCGCUUCCUUACUUCACGGAGGUCUGUGGGUACAAUGGCCCGGUUUACAUGUCGUAUCCCACGAAGGCGUUGUCUCCGUUAAUGCUUGAGGACUACAGGAGAAUUAUGGUGGAUAGAAGAGGCGAGGAGGAGCUAUUCACCACUGCCGAUAUCGCAAACUGCAUGAAAAAAGUAAUCGCAUUGGAUUUGAAGCAAACGAUUCAAGUUGAUAAAGAUCUUCAAAUCCGUGCCUAUUACGCAGGGCACGUCCUUGGAGCAGUGAUGGUUUAUGCAAAGGUUGGAGAUGCAGCGAUUGUGUACACCGGAGAUUACAAUAUGACGACAGACAGACAUCUGGGAGCAGCUAAAAUCGACCGGCUCCAGUUGGAUCUUCUCAUAUCAGAGUAUGGAAAACAUAUACAAACUGUUUCAGUGGUCCACAUACGCAACAACCAUUCGAGGCUCAAAAUAUCCCCGGGAGAGAGAGUUCAUAAAUGUGUUGCUGGCGGAGGGAAAGCUCUGAUUCCUUCAUUUGCUCUUGGAAGGGCUCAGGAACUUUGCAUGCUGCUCGACGAUUACUGGGAGCGCAUGAAUAUAAAGGUUCCUAUUUACUUCUCAUCAGGUUUGACCAUCCAAGCAAAUAUGUAUUACAAAAUGCUCAUCAGCUGGACAAGCCAGAACGUGAAAGAAAAGAGUUCUACUCAUAACCCAUUUGAUUUUAAGAAUGUUAAAGAUUUCGAUCGAUCUCUUAUACAUGCUCCUGGGCCAUGUGUUCUCUUUGCCACACCUGGCAUGCUUUGUGCCGGCUUCUCACUUGAAGUGUUCAAGCAUUGGGCUCCUUCUCCCCUCAAUCUCGUUGCCUUACCCGGAUAUUCCGUGGCUGGCACCGUCGGGCACAAGCUAAUGUCUGGUAAACCCACAACGGUUGAUCUCUAUAAUGGCACCAAGGUUGAUGUCCGUUGCAAGAUACAUCAAGUGGCUUUCAGUCCUCACACAGAUGCAAAAGGAAUAAUGGAUCUCACUAAGUUUCUUUCCCCCAAAAACGUUGUACUCGUGCACGGCGAAAAACCCAGCAUGAUGACUCUCAAGGAUAAGAUAGCCUCGGAGCUUGACAUCCCCUGUUUCGUCCCUGCCAAUGGCGAAACAGUUUCAGUCUCUUCGACCACUUUUGUAAAAGCAAACGCGUCUGAUAUGUUCCUUAAAAGCUGCUCUACCCCAAAUUUCAGUUUCUCGAACUCCUCUACUCAGCUCCGUGUUACGGACCAGAGAACCGCAGACGGGGUUUUGGUAAUAGAGAAGAGCAAAAAGGCAAAGAUUGUUCACCAAGAUGAAGUCUCCGAAGUCUUACACGAGAAAGACCAUGCCGUCUCUUUGGCUUAUUGCUGUCCUGUUAAAGUUAAGGGAGAAGUAGAUGGUGUUAAUCUGAUCAAACAGUUGUCGGUAAAGAUCUUGGAGACAGUGUCUGGUGCUGAGAUCCAUGAAUCUGGGAACUGUUUGCAGGUUGGAUCUUUCAAAGGUUCUUUGUGUCUGAAAGACAAGUGUGUGCAUAGAAGAGGGGUAAGUAGUUGUAGUGAAGCUGUGUUCUUGUGUUGCAACUGGUCUGUUGCAGAUUUGGAGCUUGGUUGGGAAAUCAUCAAUGUUAUGAAACAAAACCUAGGAGAGAGAAAAGUGAAAAAUAGAAUCUCAAUUUCUCUUCGUCGGUCGGUUUCAAAGAAAAUAUUAAAAAAAGCCUCCCCGGAGCUGAAGAAACCGAUGUCGUCGUCGUCUUCUUCAGAGUCCACGGCGGCGCCACUUCUUCGCCCGCGUCCGGACGGUUCUUCUUCUUCAGCCCGGCCCACAGCUCUCGCCGUUCUACUGGGACGGGUCACCGGCCACCGCGCGCCGUCGAUGCUGGUGAGAGAGACGGCGGCGCGUGCUCUCGAGGAGAGACGCAUCGACUGGGGGUACUCGAAGCCCGUUGUCGCCGCCGACAUACUGUGGAACGCCGCUCUGGUGGUUGCGUCGGCGGUGAUGCUUGUCGGCACCAUCGAAGAAAGGCCUAACGAGCCGAUCAGGGUCUGGAUCUGCGGCUACGGGCUGCAGUGUUUGAUCCAUGUGGUGCUUGUUUGGUCCGAGUACUGGAGGAGAAACACGAGGCGUAGAGCUAGGGAUUUGGAGUCCGGCGACGGAGAAAGUCCCGAUCUCGAAGGAAACUUUGAUUACGGUGCGUAUGAUAAUGAAGAAGACAGUGACAAUUCAACAACGUACAGUUUUGCGAAAAGAUGCGAGUCGAUAAACACUGUGGUAUCAUUCAUAUGGUGGAUAAUCGGAUUCUAUUGGGUAGUACAAGGUGGAGAUAGGCUUUUAAGCGAAGCUCCUAACCUUUACUGGUUGUCGGUGAUUUUUCUGGCGAUUGAUGUGUUCUUCGCCAUUUUCUGUGUUGUUUUGGCUUGCCUUGUUGGAAUUGCUCUCUGCUGUUGCCUUCCCUGCAUAAUCGCUCUUCUUUAUGCGGUUGCAGGAACGGAAGGAGUAUCAGAGGCGGAGCUCGGUGUUCUUCCGAUGUACAAAUUUCAUGCUUUCCAUAGUAACAACGAGAAGAACAUCACCGGACCUGGUAAAAUGGUUCCGAUUCCGACCGAUGGCUUAUGCUUAGCAACUGAAAGAACAUUGCUUGCCGAGGAUGCGGACUGUUGUAUAUGUCUGAGCUCAUACGAGGAUGGAGCAGAGCUUAAUGUUCUUCCUUGCAACCACCAUUUCCAUUCCAACUGUAUCGUUAAAUGGCUAAAGAUGAGAGCAACAUGCCCUCUCUGCAAAUACAACAUCCUUAAAGGAACCACUGAUCAAUAA